AUGUUGUCGCUCGGCCUUACGACGAAGUCUACACCAAUGCAAGUUUUGCAAGGCGAGCUAUUAGAAGGUGUUCCUGAGGCUGAACAGCCUACAGACUCAACUAAAGUUGCUGUUGUUGGAAUUGAACGUAAAUCAUUACGUCUUGAAUGUCCUACGGAGGAUAUGGUUCGACUAUCUGAGGAAGACACCAACUUGCUUUUAGCAAUUACUUCAGCUGAAAGAAGAUACCUAACGUAUUUAGAUAGGAAACGUCUGACAUUUGGACGACAAUUGUUACCCGGAAGUGCUGUUUUCGUUGAAGUGAAAGGAGUUUCAAAGGUUUUGCCUGGUGUUGUUUGGUACAUAGGUAAAUUACCGCCCAGUCUGGGAACUUGGUUUGGAGUUGAACUCAUUGUAAGUACUCGUGCACUAGUGAAGUCGUGUUGUUGGAUGUAACAAUUUACAUUAUGAAAAUUUCCUACAGAUAGCAACAACACAGAUUUUACGAAAUUAUCAUGGAGACAACAUUUCACACCGAGUUAAACUGAGUUCUUAACUUCUCAUCAGUAUUUCAGUUAACCUGCUCAGACUUACUAAAGUUGAUUUCAACUUCUAGAAUCUUGUCUUCGAUGUCUACCUUCCAAGAAGACUCUUAGACUGAAGGGAUUUAAGCUUUGAUGCACCUGCGUAUAGUUUUGAAAAUUCACCUCUCUUGAUUUACCAGUAUCGACAACUUCAUUUUACAUGGGCUUCCUUUCCAGGAUUUAUAACUUCACAGUAAAUAAUGUUGUUGAUUCCGUUGUUUGUGCUUUUAUAAAGAACCAAAACAACCCCAUAGAAAAGUCUUAUUGUGUUAAACUUUGCCAAUUAGCGUGGAAACUGUCACCCUGCUCUUAAGUGAAUUUUUGAAGCUGUCUUCCACCUUCUUUUACAGAGCUGGGACUUUCACAAAUCUCAAAAAUAGUUUUUCUUCUUAACCUUUAAUUUGUGACCUUUCAAGGAGAUUCUGCUCAUCAAAGCCAGGAAAGUGAUAAUUAAUAUCACCUUACUUGGAAAAUUCACAAUUUUGUUUACUUUCAACACACUUCAUUAAUACAGCAAACUAUAAAAACAGUUUCAUCUAGGACAACCUUGUCACUUUCCUGAGGUGACAUUUGUGACCUGCUUUAGAAAAACUCAUAACCACAGGUUUUAGAUUUCAAACUGAAUUCUGUUUGCUUGCAGAUUCUUAGCAAUUCAAAGUAGCAAUUCAAACUAGCAUACCAUGGCAUGAAAUUGCACCUAAUACAGGGGCCAAUGUGACUAAAUUUUUCACUUUGGUGACCAAAUCCUGAAAAUUAGUCGCCAAAUUGGCAACUAGAAUGUUUCAUCAUAACCUUAGCUAGAGAUAUAGUGAAUUAAAAAGAUUUGCAAAGACAAAUCCGCGGCAAACUUCCUCGUUAAGUUUGUUUCCAAAACACAGCACAUGCAUCUCCAUCGAUAACUAGAUGCCAUCUAGGAUUUAGGUAAGCUUAAACAUUGCAUAUCAUCCAUCCUAGUGUCCACUUUGUAGCACGUUAAAGAUCUUUUCCCUAACUUAAUUUCUAGAACAAUGACAGCAUAAAAAAAAGGUUUUGUUUGUCGUUCAAAAUGGCAACCAACUUUUUUGAAUUGGCCACCACUUUGAAGAAUUCAGGAGCCAAGUGGCUAUCAGAAAAAAAAAUUAAUUUCACACCCUGCAUACCUUCUCAAGUAGCUUAAGUGACUGUUGAAAAAGUUCCAACAGUUGUUUGAACUGUUUUGGCAUCUAUUCAGUUAAAAUCUCCUCUUGUUUUAAUGGAGGAGGGUGACAUACAAUUGCAAACAAUUUGCAUCUACUAAGCCAACUAUCACCCCAGUUUGAACAAUAAUUUCUCUAAGUUUCAAAAUGACAAGUGUUUUGAUUGAAACAAGUGAGUGUUAAAUUUUAAGGCAAAGACAAUUUUCUCCAUCAAACCCAAGUAUCUUAUUAUCACUGCACUAUGAAGUUUUGUAUAAUGAUUAGCAGCAAGGAGCAGCUGUAGUAGUUGAAAGGAAACUCUUAGAUUCAUAGUAGUAAGAUGUAGUGGAAAGAAACUGACUAUUAUUUAGAAUGAGCAUCUCAAGAAUUCAAUGAGCUAUUUUUUGCCCACAACUUGGAUUUUUUUUCUACUUCAUAACUGUCAUGAAGUCACUAGUAAAGUUCACAAACAAUAUGUAAUUGUAAAACUUGCCUUUCAAACAGUUAUGUGCAAGGUGUCAUCUCUAUUUAAGAAUAUGUCAUGUUUACUGUUAAGAUUUUAAAAUGCUACUUUCUUGAUGGUAUGGUGUACAUGUAUGUUGCACUCUGGAUACUGAACAGUCAGUAGGGGAUAAAAUUUUCAUUGAUUACAAUGGCACCCAUGGGAAUGAUAAUGAUGAUGAUAAUGAUGAAAGUCAUGAUGAUGGUUAAUGUUGACAAUAAUCUUCAAUAAUAAUGAUUAUGAUCUGUGGUUUAACAUAUCUAGAAACAUCCAGGGUCAGGAACGUGCGAUGGAACAUUUAGAAACAAGCGUUACUUUACCUGUGAGCCAGACUGUGGGAUUUUUGUUGGACUGGACAAAUUGACACCUAGAGAUGAUGAAGAUGACUUGAAAUCUUCAAAAAUUGUGAAAAAAGACAAAAUGGAAGUACCCAGUAUGAAGUUUAUUCUUCUAAUGGAGUGUUUGGGACAUGUAGUUGAAAAAAACAUGUGGACACUCGGCCUUACGACAAAGUCUAAACAAAUAUGUGUUUUACGAGGUGAGUUAUCAGAAGCUCUUCCAGAGGCUGAACAGCCUGCAGACUUAACUAAAGUAGCUCUUGUUGGAAUUGAAUGUAAAUCAUUACGUCUUGAGUGUUCAAUGAAGGAUAUGGCUCAACUAUCUGAGGAAGAAACCAACUUGCUUUUAGCAAUUACUUCACCUGAAGGAAGAUACAAAGCAUAUAUAGAUAGGAAACAUAUGGCAUUUGGCCAACAAUUGUCAAUUGGAAGUGCUGUUUGGGUUGAAGUGAAAGGAAUCACACAGAUUUUGCCUGGUACUGUUUGGUAUAAAGGUGUAUUACCGCCCAAUCUGGGAACUUGGUUUGGAGUUGAACUCAUAGUAAGUACUCAUGCACUAGUUAAGUCGUGUUGCUGGCUGUAACAAUUUACAUUAUGUACAUUUUGUACAGAUAGCAACACAACUAAGGUACUACAUAAUACCGAGUUAAGCUUGCUUUUACAUCUCCCGAGUAUUUCAAUGUCCUCAAUGUCUAGUCUAUCUUCCUAGGAGACUCUUAGACUGAAGGGGAGAUUUAAAUGAUUCAUUCAAUAGUAUGUAAUUGUAAAACUUGCCCUUCAAACGGUCGUGUACAAUAUGUCAUCUCUAUUUAAGAAUAAUGUCAUGCUUUCUGUUAAGAUUUUAAAAUCCUGCUUAGUAUGGUGUACAUGUAUGUUACACACUGGAUGCUGAACAGUGUGUAUGGGAUAACAUUUUUAUUGAUUGCAAUGGCACCCAUGGUGAUGAUGAUGAUGAUGAUACUGAUGAAAGUCAUGAUGAUAGUUGAUGAUGACAAUAAUCUUCAAAUUAAUGAUUAUGAUCUGUGGUUUAACAUAUCUAGAAACAUCCAGGGUCAGGAACAUGCGAUGGAACAUUUAGAAACAAGCGAUACUUUAUCUGUGAGCAAGACUCUGGGGUUUUUGUUGGACUGGACAAAUUGACACCUAGAGAAAAUGAAGAUGACUUGAAAUCUUCAAAAAUUGCAGAACAAGACGAAAACAUUCAGGCUAAACUUAAAUCAAGUCUUCAGGAUUCAAUAUCGUCAUUUUGGAAGGGAAAACACGAGCAAAGGCCAUUUCAAGGAAUUGAUGGAGUGCUUAAGACUGGUGAAAGAGUUGUGACAGUUAUUGAGGAUAGUCCAGCCAGGGGAACUGUGCGAUAUAUUGGUGAGGAGGAGGAUUCAACUAGAAAUUUUCGUACAAUUGUAGGAUUAGAACUGGUAAGUUCAUGAACAUGCUUGUUUAACCAAAUGUGAUUAAGCUUUGUAUUUAAUAAAGAGUUAUCCAGCUAUCAGAGGAGAUUAAACUGAAUGAUUAGUUUCGUUUUCCCGUUGCAUUCUCGCGCGUGAAAAUGGGUCUAUAGUUUCUGCAAAGAGGAAAUGAAAGAAAGAAAAGAAAUAAUUGAUAGGUGUAGGGUGUAGGUUUCGGAUGGGUCGAGUAACAUUGAGUAACUGACGUUUGCAUUUUUGCGAAAGAAAAACAGCUUUCACCUUCAAAAGAUUCCAAUGAAAAAUAUCGUUCAAAAAAUAUAUGAAAUAAACUCAGACAUACGUAUAUUACGGUCUAUUGCCGUUUGUAUCUGAAUAAUUGUAAGCAAAAAUAAUUUUAUCGGUGCCACGCCUCCCGUACUCUCCUCCACAGUCGUUGUUUGGUCUCGUCAUGCAACACGCCCUCUUCCACGUUUAGUGACGAGACCAAACAUUAUGGCCAGCUGGAAAGCUAAGACAAGGCUUAGUGCUGUUCCUUCGUGAGAGACAAAUCAACAUUAUUUGGUUACAGCUAGUUGCCUAAAAAUAUUUGUUCACAUAAUUUUGCCGUGGGAAGCAAACCAAAACUAUAUUUUAUCUCCAAUAGCCUCAAACCAGAGAUAUUUUGUGGCCUCCGUUCUUCAAACAAGUGAAAAUACAAUAGACGAAGAGAAUUGUGUCAUAUUUCAAAGGUUUUCACGUGGGCAUAACAACGUUCCUCAUUUGGUUGUUGCCUUUCUGGACUUUGCCCAGUGCGUGCUGAAUACGUGAUAAAGUAUUGGCGGGUUGUUUACAAAAAAUUAAGACAUGACAGGGUGAAGUCUAAGGUAGCGGAAAGCGAAGUUGAUUGGUAGAAAACAUCUAAGCACGUGAGAAGUGCGUGGAAAAUUUACUAAUAUAUUUCAUGUGGGGGAGGAUUAUGUCAUAAAAUUUAGGUUGUUUACUGGAAGCUUUUCACUAGAGAAAACUAAUUCCAUAGUGAUAGGUAAACAUGUAAUUAUAGAAAGAAAACAACGUUUAAGCACAAGAUGUAAUUCGUAGAGAACUUUUAAAAGCGCAGAAACAGUCAUUUCUUAUCGCAGUCGACGAAGAAAGUAAAUAUAACUUGCUGAUCUUUUCAACCUUCGCCAGAAGAGCAAAAAGUAAAAAAGUACGUGAAAAAUGUUCUAGUCAAUUUUCCAAUGUCAAGGUUAGAGUUCUUUGACUUGAUUGGCUCAUUUGUAAAAUCACGCGCGCCGUGCGUGAAUAUAAAAAGAAUACAAAGGGGGAGAGGAAGAGAAAAAUUGUUAUUUUAAAUUUAAAAACAAAGGAGGUGUUCUAUCUUCAUCUGCGAUAGAAGUCACGGGUUUAGGCCACAGGCAGACCACUUAUUGGUGCGACAGGAAGGAUAAACUUUUUGAAUUUAAAGGAAUGCGUAAAGGACUGAAAUAUUAAACCGAACACCGUAUCUUUGUCUAAAAAGCUUUAAUAACAUGAAACGAAAUGUUGGUACACUUAAGUAUAGCGUUGUUAGCCCACAACUACCAAACUCUGAUUAGUCAAUUCGAGGCAAACAAUUAAGUGCAUUAACAUUUCGUUCCACUUUAAAUGAGGUUUUUGGACAAAAAUGCUGUAAAUUUUAUCUUUCACUCCUGUAAGAAGUUUUCCCUACCACGUGGUCGACCUGUUGGGUGGUCUGCCUGUGGUUAGGUUGUCCAGUAUUAAACUGCAGAGGGAAACUGGUAACUGCAACCUUUUUCGUUAGCUCAUGUAUCAAUGAUGAGCAGAGUUGACAAAGAAUUAAAAAUUUUCAUUUUACGUUCCGAAGGCAUUAUUUAAAAGAAACUGAUUGGGACGUAGCUGGUUUUGAUUGGAAUAUAAUUUGAGUGUUACUUCUUUAAAAUUAGGUCCGGUUUUGUUUUGUUUUCUUAUUGCAGAUUUUUUUAAGCGAACCUACUGAAACUAAAAGUGUAUAUACAAGCUGGGUAAUAGAGUUUAAACUGGUUGUAAGAAAAAUACCUACACUGUAAUUGGCGAAGUAGUGUUUUAAAAGUUGUUGUGUCCGUCUGUCACAUUUUUAUUUAGGAUGAAAGAUUGGGAGUUGGUUGUGGUGAAAGACUUGGCUCUCUAAAGUUUGUUUGUAAGAGGGAUUUUGCAGCAUUUGUACCGUUGGAAACUGUCAUACCAGAGAAGGACUUUGAUGGUUAUUUUGGAGAAGCUGCAGGACAAGAAGCUCAGGGAAAGCGGGAGCAAAUUCAUGAAGACGAAAUGUAUGCAAGAUCAAUGAGCUGUGGUAAUUUACCAUCAGGUAGACAAAUGAUUUGAUAUCUCAGUUGUUUUAUAAAUUUUUGGUUCACCUAGUCAAGCACACCAUGCAUUAUGAAGCAGAAAAUCACAAUCUGUGAACUGAUGUCUCUUUCACUCAAUUCCCAGAAAACAUUCAGAUGUUGAGAAAUUGUUCUUCCAAUUUAAAAAAAGGGUAUCAGAUUGAAACUUUUAAUUUUUGUUUCUUGGACAUUUUAAAACACUGAAGCUUUAGUUGUAUGGUGACAUGGUGUCCUCGAGUGCUUUUUUUCCUCUGAAUUUUUAGAUCUUUUGCAAGUAAAAUUAUAUGUAUGAAUGGUUUGUGACAGAUUGAUAUGCAACUUUGCUACUACUGGGGUCAGAAUGAAUACUGGGAUUGACCAACCCUCUACCAGGUCCCUCAAAGGGCAUGUUGUUUUGCGCGGCCUUGAUCUUUGUUGUUGUUGUGUGAGAUGCAGAGCCGAAAAAAGUGUUGCAAAUUCCUCUAAAGUUGGAUGUUUGCAUACCUUUUUUCUUUCCGAAGAGAUCAUUGAUCUAUGUGGGGACGUGUAAGGUACAAAAUUUUUACAAAAACCCGGCUUUUAUUUUCAAUUCGUGGGUUCAUGUAGACUUCCGUGAUAAGUAGUCAUACACCAUCCGUUUCAUUCCAUUUUGCGCAACCUUGAUUUUUUUAGUUACAGAGUCUCGAAAAUAUCCAGGUCUUAACGAUGAAUCGUGCAGAGAUUUUAAAGAUGAAAACUUUAAAAGACAAGCAUGGGAAUCUGUUUUCCUCUUUUCUUUUAUACGUCCCUUCAACGACUUCAAAUGAAAAAUGAACCUUUAAAGAAGAAAGGAAAGCAAACGCUCAUGUUAAUUCAGUCGCCAUGUUUAAUCUUUGAAAAAGCCUGCGGUUUAUUGAUUCACAUAAGGUCGUAAAACUGGCGACUACGCUUAUAAUUGUUGUUGCGAUUACGACGAUCGCGCACUGGUGUGCACAAGCCUUUCUAACACUGAGAACUGUUUCUGAAUGAUGUCAUGAUAAGGUGCAGUGCAGUUCACGAAUUUCUGGUCUGUCACAGGCAGAAGUGUUGUCAAAUUAUUUGUGAAAUUUGAACAGCAUUUAAACAUAACCCUAUUGUUGUGACCAAUUUGAGUAAGAGUCAAAAAUAGCUUGAAAAAAACGUCAAAAUCGUACAUUAUUUUACUUUAUUGUUUCCUUUCCUUGAGAUGCAUGCAAUGAAUGUGCCAAAAAAACUAAGACGAACUAAUUCAUUGAAUUCUUCUGGAGUAGAAGCAAUCAUAAUCUGUGAACCGAUUCCCCUUUCACUCAUUUCCCAUAAGCUUAAAGCAUUUAAAUGUUGAGACUUAAAAAAAGAAGCCUAUUCAAUUUGAGCAUCAGUUUUACCUUGAACCUUUUGAAACACUUAAGUUUUAGAUGCAUGGUGACAUGUCGUAAAGUGCAUUUUUUUUCUGAAUUCUCAGGUCUUUUGCAGGUAGAAUUAUUUGUAUGAAUGGUUUGCGAUGGUUUAAUUGUCAGACAAGUUUUGAAAUUGGAAAGGCAUCUGGGGGUACUUUUAUUGUAGUAGUGCAUAGAACAUAGCUUGAAGCAUUGUGGUGAGGAAAACAUGGUGGAUUCAUUUUGUAUCUUCAUCUUAGUUACUAGUACGGAAUCUGUCAAAAAACUAAGAAGAGCAACUUUAAUGACCUUUGCUGAAACAGAACUCAUGAUGGCAGCUGGAGAAUCCAGCAAAACCAAUCGACAGAAAUUUAUAGAGAAACGACGUCAGAUGCUCAGGGAGUUUGAGUGUAAAAACCUGCCCAGUGACAAUCAAGAUAAUGCUGUCAUCACACACGAUGCAGAAAGGAGAGACAGUACCGAAGAUUUUCACUUUAAUGAUGCUCCUUUCAAAGACACUCCUCUGGUCAGUUGUGGUCAAACUUGGGAAAGGACGGUUCACCUCGGUUUGGCCAGUAGUGACCCCGAGAAUAGAAGACGAAAAACUCUUGGUAAGUUUCAAACAUAAAGUGGUUCUUUACAAGCAACAUAACAUCAGGCAGGCAUCUUCCAAGUACAUGCACCUUGUGUAAAAUACCUACUCUAAACUAGCACUUUCAUUCAUGUUCAUCUAGUGAGUGUGAGUGAAAUGUCUUGUACUGUCGGGACAAGAAUAUUUUUCGCUCUGUAAUGUAGAAAUUGUCCAUCAGAUUUCUCCCUAGACAUCAUUUCUUGUCACUACGAUGGAAACUCUAGAGAAAACGGAGGAAAUUCAUGAGAGUGAAUUGAUUAUAAGAUCAGUGAGUUGUAAAAGAUACAGUUGCUAGACUCUUUCAACCUUUUUGUGACGAUAUCCCCUUGAAAGGAGUCUUGGCAGGCAGUAUGUAUCAACUUGUAGGAACACCCUGUGUUGUGUGUGGGUUCUCUGCAUUUAGAGGUUUCCCAUUUUGUCAUUUAUGUUUCAUUCCCCUCAAGAAAAGCAACGGCAAUCACGAGACAUGGAAGGUCAGCUGCCGAGCUUGCAAGAGAAACCGAGAGAAAAUGACGAAGAAGAAAAGAAUUUACUCGAACGAUUGAGAGAGAUGGAGCAGCAGUUGGCUCAAUUACGAGCACAACUGGAAGAGAAAGAGUCCGAAAAGCAGGAACAAGGUGACAGAUUACAGAGACAGUUGCGGGAGAUGGAGCAACGGUUGGCAGACGAACACGAACGACUGCAGGAGAAGCAUGAUCAGCCUGUGAACCCCGAAGCACAAGUGAAACAGAUGGAGGAACAGCUGACAAACGCUCAAGGACAGUUACAAGAGAAGCAUGAUCAGUUAGUGAACUCCAAAGCACAAGUGAAAAAGAUGGAGGAACAGCUGACAAACGCUCAAGGAAAGUUACAAGAGAAGCAUGAUCAGUUAGUGAACUCCGAAGCACAAGUGAAAAAGAUGGAGGAACAGCUGACAAACGCUCAAGGACAGCUACAAGAGAAGCAUGAACAGUUAGUGAACUCAGAGACACAAGUCCGGGAGACAGAGGAACAAGUGACAAACUUACGAAGACAGUUACAUGAACAUUUAGUGAAUUCAGAAGUACAAAUUAGAGAGGCGACACAGCAAUUGACCGAUAUCCAAGAGCAACUACAGGGAAAAGAUGAAGAAAUUGCUGGUUUAAAAAAUCAGUUAACUGAACUCGGAAUGACUCUCUCGACAGCUCAACAAUUGGCGUUAAAUGCACGUCAACGGCAGGAGUCACCUGACUGGGUCAUUUCACGCGAUCAAAUUCACGUGACAGAUAAAUGCCUCGGAAGGGGAGGCUGGGGACAUGUUGUGGAAGGAAAGUAUUGUGGUUGUGCCGUAGCUGUGAAACAAAUCCAUGAGUUGAUUCUUUCCAAUCACAACCGCAGUUUGUUUGUGCGAGAAAUGAACAUAGCUUCAAGAUGUCGUCACCCAUGUUUGUUGCAGUUCGUUGGGGCCACAAAUGACGAAGGAAGUCCUUUGUUUGUCACAGAGCUGAUGGAAACAAGUUUACGAGCACUGUUAAAGCGACCGCUUUCCGCUACUGAAUUGUUCGUUAUUUCCCUGGAUGUGGCUCGAGCAUUAAACUAUCUUCACCAGAAGCAACCAUCUCCCAUCAUUCACCGGGACAUCAGCAGUGCAAAUGUGUUGCUAUGGCGACAAGGUGACCAAUGGCGAGCCAAGGUUUCAGAUUAUGGCACAGCCAAUUUCAUGCGACAUACCAUGACAGUUGCACCUGGAGCACCAAUUUACAGUGCACCUGAAGCAGUCACUAAAAACCAAACCGUUAAGGUAUGUUUGAUUUAAUAUUUGUUUUUUUUCUCCACAAUGACCCUUUGUCAAUGGUGUGUAUCCUCAAAUUUUAUUCACUUAACGCAAGGUUGCGGUCAUUAUCACAUCGACAUCGACAUUAUCAAUACCACCGAGUUGAUUGGCGAUAUUGUGGUUAAUAUCAUUGAAUUUACUGUAAGUUGUUUUCGAUAUUCAGGUUGAUGUAUACAGUUUUGGUGUUCUUCUUUGUGAGAUGUCGAUCCAGGAAAUGCCAGAUCCUGAAAAGCGUGAACAUCAAGUUGCACUUGUAACAAACCAUGUGAUUCGAGCUCUCAUCCGGGGAUGCUUGCAAACAGAGCCUGAGGAGAGACCGUGUAUGGAGGAAAUAAUCGAUGAACUUGAACAGCCAACGUGAGACAAUUUUUGAUACUAUUGGUUGUGUACAUUUAAAUAUAAAGCGUAAAGGUAUUUCCUCAGAAAUAAUUUGUUCGGUAAGUUAGUUAGUAAGUCUUCAGACACGGUCAGUAUUAUUUUAUUAUGAUGAUAUAGAGAAGUCGUUCAUGAUAAAAUGCAAUUAUAGAUGAGGAUAACUUUUAUCAACAAUUUGGUACUGUAUCACCAAAAUGUGAGAAAAUAUAGUUAGAUAGAUAGUUUGAAUCGUUAGAGAAAUUUAGAAAGAAGUACUUUUAGUUCGAAUUUCUUUAGUCCAUGAAACAAUUCAAAAUAGUGGUCGUCAUGAUGUGUUUUGUUGAAAAGCCUUAAAUUGUGAAAAUAGUCCAUUUGGAUGUGCUCUGCGCCCAUUGACAUUCCGCAUGCCUAUACUGGUACGCGCAAGACGUUGAUGCGGUCACCAGAGCGCACAGGAUAAUUGGUCUUUGUGCGAAAUGCGGUACACAGGGCGAUUUCACAUCGGCUGUUUUGAGCUACGAGACAAUAUGUAUAAGGUGAAAAAGAGAGAGAUUAUAAGGUUCACCGUGAUACGAUUUUGUUUUGGUGAACAUAGAUGAAAGAGAAAUACUUUGUAAACGGAACGGAACAUUUUCUCUUUAUUGUUUUGAAGUGUAGACGUGGUAAACAUAGAUUUAUAUUGAAUAGAGGGGGUAAGUUUCUGAAAAAACCGUGGUGCUGCGUCGGUGAGAUAGUAUAACAAGGUAAUUUAGUGUUAUCAAUUGAGUUGAUACCGUCAAGAGUUUAAGAGCUGACGUUUCGAGCAUUAGCCCUUCGUCAAUCGCUUUGACAAGGGGCUGACGCUCUAAACGUCAGCUUUUAAACUUUUCACUGUGGCCAAGUUACGUUAUCAACUCAGUUGAUAAUACGAAAUUACCUUAUAGAUUUAUAUUGGUAUGGUUUUUUAACUUUUUUGUAGGCCAUGCAAAAAGACAAACUAACUCAAUCAAAAACGAAAACAAGAACGAAAAAAACUUAAGUACAGGACCGUUUUGUGGAAAAAUGAUGGAAGGGGUGCUUGCAGAAUAACAGAUCAGAUAGUAAACUGAUUAGCGUAUGUUUCGUACAGGAAAUCAGGUUUUGAGCUGAGAGUAGGUUCAAAAUACGGCUUGUUUGUUACCUUUUUUGCGCCGAAUUAGCAAUUUUCUUCACAGAAGUACCUCUCUUUCGCAUUGUGUUACCUGAAAACUGCAUAUCUCCCAACCAAUCAGAAUGAAGAAAAUUUGUUAUGUAAAUUUGUCACCAACAUUGAGGGAAUAGUUGUGUUACCACAUACUAAAACCGUGAGAUAAUAUAGAUAAUAUAACCCAAAAAGAUGAUUUCAACUCGCUUAUUCCUGCAGCGAUAAAAAAAUUUAUUUUAGUAUAUAUUAAAUUUGUUAUAAUUAUCUCUAUCGCCAAAAAUGUGAAAUUUUAUGGGAUAUGACUACCAUACACUAUGUGUAGCUUUGUUGCGAGGAUAGCUGACCUGCGAGCACAAAAAAACUGAAGAUCCGUAUUUAAUGUUGUUAAAUAUUUAAAUCUACCAAGGUAUAGCGCAGUAUCACUGCUAACACGGUAGUGCUGUAGUAACAAAAGCGAAUAAGUUUUGUAUCGUGAUCCAACCAUUGAGUAUAACUCAAACUAGAAAAUGAAAAAGGAAGAUAGAUUAAGACCUACCUUAAUUUCAACUCCAUGUCGUAUCGUAUUUUUCCAGCGGUUGCGUGAAAUCCCUCGCAUUUUCGUGGCACCUAGUGCCGCAAGCGAGCCAACAGAAACAUCGUUGUAGAAUACAUGGAGAGUUCGAGGUUCCGAAACCGACCCAUUAUUGAUUGAGGGCCAAACUUUGAAAGGCUGUAAAAGUGAGACGACUAUACCGCCUUGAAAGGUGUCUCUCUUGUGAGUAACACUAUGGAAGGAUCGCGUUACCUUUCAAUAGUGCUGAUUAACAAUAGUUUGUAGUAAGCAGGGAAUGUUAUUAUAAUCAUUUGUUUUAAAGAGUCACUUUUUGUGGCUGAAGUUAAUCAAACGUUUCUGAAGUAAAUUUCAUUCCCGAUUGCGGAACAAGUCGAUAAAGAGAUUUAGCAAGUGGAUAGCGUGAUCCAACCUUCGAACAGCUUUGUUCUGAUCUCUCUUCCCUGCACCCCUUCUUAGUGGGCGUAGGCUUUCUUACGGUGAAAUCAUUGUCUUGGAGAGGUCCUUGGCGAUCUUGAAUCCAAGCUCCGGUCAACUGUAAUUGUGAUUGUAAAGGAU